UCAAGAUGGCCGCCAGGACCGCUCGCCGCUCCCGUGCGCUGGAGAGGUGGGCCCGGCUGGUGCGCUCUUUGUCGCGCGGCGAUGACGUACUCCGGGGGAGCAGCGGCGGCUUCCCUCAGCAGCAGCGAGGGACGGAGCUUGUGGCAGUCGCGCGCGUGAAGAUGGCGGGCGUCGCCGAUGCCGCCAGCCCGGGCGCCGGGGAGGGCGGGCGACGCGCUGCCCCAGAACACGCGCUGUUGCAGCCGGGCAGCGGGCAGCGGCGGAGCAGUUUCACGGGCGGAGACUCUCGGUCCCCUCACCCGUCGCCUGCACACUUGGCACCUUCUGCUUCGAGCCCUCCUUCCCCCAACCCUGGGCAACAGCACAGAACCGAGACGCUGGGUUUCUACGAGAGCGAUCCCCACCGGCAGCAGAAGCGCAGCGGACCCUCAGAUCUUUCACUGUUGAGAUUCAUCAAUGCAGAGCUAACAAGGGGUUACUUCCUUGAACACAAUGAAGCAAAGUACACAGAAAGGAGAGAGAGAGUGUACACGUGCAUGCGAAUACCAAGAGAAUUGGAAAAGUUGAUGAUUUUUGGAAUCUUUUUGUGCCUGGAUGCCUUUCUCUAUGUUUUCACGCUCCUUCCGUUGAGAGUUUUUCUGGCAAUGUUCAGGUUCAUCACAUUGCCUUGUUAUGGCUUACGCUCUCACCGAGGCCUAAGGAUAAGUGAUAGGCGUUUGCUGCAGCCUGCUCAGGUGUGUGAUAUAUUCAAAGGAGUUAUACUGGUAAUCUGCUACUUCAUGAUGCACUAUGUUGAUUAUUCUAUGAUGUACCACCUUAUAAGAGGGCAGUCUGUCAUUAAACUCUACAUCAUCUAUAAUAUGCUUGAGGUAGCUGAUCGACUGUUUUCAUCGUUUGGUCAAGAUAUCUUGGAUGCUCUUUACUGGACAGCUACAGAACCAAAGGAGAGAAAAAGGGCACACAUAGGCGUGAUUCCCCAUUUUUUCAUGGCAGUGCUGUAUGUCUUUUUGCAUGCUAUCCUUAUAAUGGUCCAAGCAACAACACUUAAUGUAGCCUUCAACUCCCACAACAAAUCACUUCUUACUAUCAUGAUGUCUAACAAUUUCGUUGAAAUAAAAGGAAGUGUUUUCAAGAAGUUUGAGAAGAACAAUCUGUUUCAAAUGUCAAACAGUGAUAUCAAGGAAAGAUUCACCAAUUAUGUGCUAUUACUGAUCGUUUGUCUAAGAAAUAUGGAACAGUUUUCAUGGAAUCCAGACCAUCUUUGGGUAUUGUUUCCAGAUGUUUGUAUGGUGAUUGCAUCAGAAGUUGCAGUAGACAUUGUAAAACAUGCUUUUAUAACAAAAUUCAAUGAUAUCACGGCUGAUGUCUACAGUGAAUACAGAGCCAGCCUUGCAUUUGACCUUGUUAGCAGUCGACAGAAAAACGCAUACACGGAUUACAGCGACUCUGUUUCCAGGAGAAUGGGUUUUAUUCCUCUCCCGUUGGCUGUUUUACUCAUCAGAGUUGUUACAAGUUCAGUAAAAGUACAAGGAGUCUUGGCUUAUGUCUGUGUUGUCCUCUUCUAUUGCGGGUUAAUAUCACUCAAAGUACUUAACAGCAUUGUGCUUUUGGGAAAGUCAUGCCAGUAUGUCAAAGAAGCAAACAUGGAAGAGAAGUUGUUCAACCCUCCUCCUGCCAGCACCCCGGGCAAACCUCUCAGUAAACCACAAAGCAAGUACAAGGCCACUCAAGGAAUUUCUACAGAUGAAAACGUGUCUUCUUCUGUGACCACUCAACCUGUGCACCAGAAAGAGAAUGCAGCACCGCUGCUUGUGACAAGCAACUCCGAUCAGUUCCUGACAACUCCUGAUGGAGAUGAGAAAGAUAUAACCCAGGACAAUUCAGAGUCAAAACACAAAUCCACAAAGAAAGAUUUGUUGGAGAUAGACAGGUUUACAAUUUGUGGAAACAGAAUUGACUAGACUUUUGUAAAUAGAUGUGCUUAGGAUACUGAGCUGUUGGGACUGCAAAUGCUAUCAAGAUGGACAGAUGCCAAAAAGGCACUUAAAUAUUUAUUUAAAAACUUAAAUUAUUAAUGGCAAAUCUAUUACUGUGGGUAACUUGGCUUGAUAAACUGGACAAGCUUCAGAUCUUUAACUUGGAUAUUUUGGAAACUGUGGUGAGUUAUGAGAGAGAUCUACAGCUUGGCAGAGUUACAGCAUCACUUUCCUGGAAAUAACGUGAAACAUAUUUAAAUCCAUUUUUGCUCUAUGAAUCCAUGCUUCCAGAACAUACCACUUUUUUUUUUGUCAAACUCACCUCAAUAGAAGGAUAACUUUAAAAAUGUAUUUGCAUCUUUAAGAAGAAGCAUAUCUUUCCACUCACUUUCAUAAGCAGCUGCAAUUUUUUUAAAAAAAAAAAUCUUCACCUGCCAAAAGCCUUUUUCAAACUUUCAGUAGAAUAAAUAAUCAAGAUAUUCUUGCCACAAGAAGAUUGCUCAAGAUGUAUAUCAGCUAAUCCAAAUAAAUGAUCCUUAGAAAUUUACUACAUAAUAUUUUCAUCUAAAUGUUAAGCCAGUAAUCAGAAAUUGAUCACAAAAAUGGAAUAUUGUAAUGCGUGUGGUAACUGGGCAGGAACAGUUUUUUUCUCUCGUUCUAUACAAUUUGCACUCGAUUUUAAACAUGAAAAGCUUGCAUUUAUAAAUGUAAAGGUGUACAGACUUGUGGGAGGAAGGGUGAAAUCAGUUUGUGAGGUUGCACUUUGGCACUUAAAGAUGUUCUGUUGCAGAUAUGAGCUUUGCAUUCAAAUAGACAGAAUAAGGUCCUUGCAUUGUAUGUGUCAAUCAGCUAAAAGACAAUUUCUUUGAUAUGACUGGAGAAGCUGUACAUGGCCAAAAUUUGAGAGAGGGCUUGAAAUAGAUGUGGGAUUUUAAACACACUUUAAGUAGAGUAAGGGUGGAACUCUGUGCAUGUUUAGACAGGAAAAUUCCUACAAUUUCCAGAAUGCCCGGCCAGUCAGAAUAGCUGACUGGAGAUAUGCUUGGAGUUGUAGGACUUUUUUCUGUCUUAAACAUACAUAGGGUUAUACCAUGAAGUGCUUGGGUUUUGAAAUACAAAGCAGUUUUUACUUGGGGUGCAUAGGAAACUAUUUAAGAGGAGCUCAAAAAGUGUUGAAAAAGGAAUUUUAGAUCAACUUGAUUUUAGAUCAACAUCAUGAGAGAGCAUGCUGCAUUCGGGCUGCUCUGUGGCUCUCUGAUAAUAAUGCCCCCUAAUGAACACAAAAUGCAAAAUGUCUAUUUUAAACGUGAUUUGGGGGGAGCUGAAUUUUGUGUGUGUGUUUAUUCCCCUGAAGUUGCAGAUACUAUUACUGAGAUAAAAUCAGUGUAAAGAGAUGAUAUUCUCAUGAGCAAGCAGGCUUCUAAGAUACGCUAAAAAGUGACAAUUUAUAGCUUGGUGUUUUCUGAUCUGAACCCCUUUUCUCAUUUUAAUUUGAGAACUAGCCAAAGUCAGAAAUGGGAUUAUGAUCUUCAAAAGUAAGUUUGAAAAAUACAAAAAUGUUUAUUUCAGAUACAUGUUCAUUUGGACAUAUUUUAUUCAUUAAUUCAGAAUAUUUGUAAAUUUGUUGUAAUUUAAUUUUUAUUUAAUUGUUGCUCAAAGGAAGCUUGGAAUGAUUUUUCUUGUAAAAUUAUAUUCAGUAUGAAUUUUAUAAGUGCAUCUUGUGUGAUACAAUAAAAAUUCAAUUUUGUAAAUUUUGUUUAAAAAAAAAAACUUUCAAGGCUCUGCCUCUCUUGCUGGAAUAAAAGUGAAUACUGCUA